AUGCCAAGGUGCGAACUCUGGCACUGCUCCACGCUCGCCCGAGUUCGGAUGUCCUCUGGGCCUGGUGGCGGCCUCUCCGAGUCCCCUUAUGCUGUAACCUUCAAAACUGCCAAUGGGCACUACAUCACAGCAGAGGAAGACGGAGCCAUGAAGGCUGAGGAGGAGGCCUUUGUGCCCGAGGCCCUCUUCUUGCUCAUGCCAGCAAAAAACGGCAAGUUUGUUCUGAAAGCGCAGAACGACCGGUUCGUGAAAGCAGAGCCGAGUGGUCACCUCUCGGCGGUAACCGUGGCGUGGGAUGACUGGGAGGAGUUUGAUGUUGUGAAGCACGACGGCGGCAAGGUCUCGCUGCGCAGCUUUCAUAACAAGUAUGUGUCAGAAGGGAGCGGUGGAUCUGUAGCCGCCGAUGCGACAUCUGCCACAAUGCUGGAACUCGUGAACCGCAGCCGACACGAUGGAUUCGGUAAUCUGCAGUUUCACAAGACUGUGUCAGAUGAAGUCAGCCACUCAGUGUGCGCUCGCCCCGCCGAAGAAGCCGCGGUCCGAUGCUGCUCCAGUGACGGUUCGGUGGCCAGUGAAGACGAGUAUGGGUGCCACGACAGGAAGAACUAUUCCGAAGCGGAGGCGAUCUGCAAAGCUCAGAGCCUGCAGCUCUGCACAGAAGUACAGGCCAAGAGCUGCCCUGGCUGCAGCACCUGCGGCUUUGAGACCAAGCAGGUUUGGACUUCUACAGCCUGCGAAGGUACGGAAGGGCUCACCCAGCGGCGUUUGAGCCAAAGGAACGACCACGCCGCCGUCGUCAGCAGCUUCUGCGGCUAUCAGCCGGGCAAAGGUGGCCUCCAUGGUGAAGAGGUGAGGUCCACCGUUUUUGUCAAGUUGAUGGAGUGGAACUACAACGACAUUGCCAAGGAGUGUGUGGAAUACCUGGCUCCGAAUGGCUUCGAUGCUGUCCAAGUGGCACCUGUCACUGAACAUGUACUGGGCUACCAGUGGUGGGUAAAAUAUCAGCCCGUCUCCGCUGGCCUAGACACGCGCUCGGGAACAGAAGCGGAAUUCAGGGCGAUGGUGGCCACCUGCCGCUCUGUGGGCGUCCAGGUGAUUGUGGACAUCCUCAUGAACCACAUGGCUUCUCCGUGCAAGGCGGCUCGAAAACUGAAGAAGAAAGCAAACUGGUCCGAGGAAGAAGACAUGCCUUGCGUCGGCUGGGGUGGCAGCCGCUACGGAAACCGACUCCAAAAGGGGGCGCGAGGAUGGGAUGCCGCAAACCCCAAGCAUUUCCAUCACAAGAAGGAGGACACCACCCAGCCUCAAUGCAAGGUGGGGCCGCAGACCGGAUGGCUCUGCCCCGACGAUGACUGCACGCCCUGUGACAUGAGCCAGGCGUCCAGUCCGUGGACUUUGCCGCUCCCUCCUCCACUUCCCAACCUCCAAGAAUGCAUGGCAAUGGACGGAGAGGUGCGACGCCCCAGUCCCAACUGGGACCUUGAGCACUUUGACUUGGAACCCGCUUACGUCCGCUUGGAAGCUGGCCCUGGCGUGAGGGCGUCAGGGCGUGGCAAGUGCCCAGCUCCCUGGCUCUUCGAGAGCCCAAGCAGCGUCCAAACAGUCCCGAAGAAGCCGAGCCCGGCAGGAGCUCCGGGAGCUUCCGUUCCCAGCGACCCAGGGCUCUCAGGGCAGCGGCUGAAGCGAGUCCUCCAUGUCAAGCAGGCUCCGAUUUACAAGUACGGCGAGUGGUGUGCCCAUUGGGCCGAGAAAGGUGGGAGGGCUCCCAGCGACCCCAUGACGCCACGCUCCGACUUAACAAAAUCCGAGUUUGACGUGCAGUACGGGGCUUGGAGGAAGGCCCUGGUGGAAGGGCCUCCGCAAGGGCGGGGUGCCCGAAUCCUUGAGCUCGACCAGCACUUGUAUGCCCUGCCUGACUACGCGACGGAGCUGAAGGAGGUUCGGGAGAUGCAGGCCAAGCAUCUGGAGGAGCUCUUUCACAUUGGCGUGACUGCCCUUCGCGUGGAUGCAGCUAUCUACCAUCAUGUCUAUGAGCUGGCGGACAUGCUUAAUGGUCUCCCCUGGGAUCUCGUCUACCAGGAGUGGUGGGGCGAAUAUCCGCCACAUGACCGUACCGAGUAUGUCGGCCUGUACCGGGAUGUUGCCUACCGUUGGCAUUUGGUGAAUCGGCUGGCGGGCAAGAACGCCACGGAUCUGCCAGAGCUUCUAGAACUCGAUGGUGGCGUCUUCGGCAUCACACAGGACAUGGCCGUCUAUCCCUUCGCCUACCACGACGGGCGCAGCAAGGAUGCCGAUCCCGAAAUCGCUACCUACAAGAACGGCCUGGCCUUCCACCAGCAGCAGAAGUUCUUCCUGUCCUGGCCGUUCGGGGAGAAGGUUUUGAUUUGGGGGGGCUACGGAUGGCGGGAUACGAACCAUGGGCCGCCGGGCUGUGACAAGUCGGAUGGUGACCACUGCACGCCAGAGUCUGUCUACGAUGAGGACGGACACGCCCAGUGCAUGCCGGCCCCAACUGUCUCUCCUCUACCCAAGUCGGCUGCCAGAGAGCGGCGGUGGAUUUGUGAACACCGAUGGCAGGGUGUGGCAGGCAUGAUGCACUUUCGAAAGGCCUGUCGACAACAUGCGGUGUCAGAGAAGUGGGAGGGCGGAAAGACUGAAGGCGUCGGCAUCGGCCGUCUUGCCUUCCGCCUGGGAAGUGACUGCUUCGUCGCACUCACGCGUGGCAGGAUAGAGGACGAGGAUGAGGAUGUGGCUGGGGUUGGUGGGACUUGGGAUUUGACAGGCCUCAAGAUCGCGCUGCCCCAGGGUCGAUAUUGCGACAUGUCCUCGCUCCACACGCAGAAGGGCUGGGACCAAAGCAGUUGCCCCAGGGAGGUGGAGGUGGACGAGGAAGGAGUGAUCCAGCAUGGCUCCGUCACGCAGGGAGAGAUUCUGGCCAUCCACGCCGGAGCUCUUGUGACCAGCCUUUCCAGUUAA